AGCUCCAUCUGCGCCAUCAAACUUCUGUCUGCAGCCGCAGCUCAUGUUUCUGCCUCCUGUAGCACCACCAUCACCACCACUACCACCACCACCAUCUGUCUGUCGGCAGUGCAGCUAUCGGCCAUCUUCAGGUGCAGUUGUCAUCCCACAGACAUGGUCUCAGUGCCAGACUCGCUUCCCCAGCUCCGCCUCUCACCCGCCGGCUGUAAACGUUUCAGCAGAUAAGCGGUGAUGAUCCCCCCUCAGGCGGUGUUUACACUCGACAACAAGUCUGUUCGUCCCUCGGCUCGGAAACCCCACAAGCAGUCAUCCGUGACACGAGCUGACCACACCUCUGAUCGUAUCGCAGGAACUCGUUCUUCGCUGGUCAAGCGCCGUGUCGGCCUGCACUCCAGUGUCCACCUGCCCUCGUGAAGCUCCGCCAGGGCGCGAAAUAGAGAGAGGGGGAUAGAAAGAGAAGAGGAAGAAAGAGGAUGGCCCUUCGUGUGGAAUCUCAGCUGCCGAGACUUGCUCCUCGUGGACUGGUGCGAGUGUCCGGCAUGUGGGUGUCUCUGUGGCUUUUGUCUUUCUUCGCUCCAACAGAAGUCCGAGCGGCGAGACUGGCCACCACUCAGCUGGACAUCACCCUGCAGCCAGGACACAGUGCUUACGUCACACUCACGUGCACAGUGCGAGACAUCGGCAAAGAAAAGGUGAUCUGGCGCCGGCUGUCGGAUCCCAUCCCCAUCGCCGUGGGCACGAGGACCUUCUGGCCCGGCUCCAAGUAUCGCGUGGGACGCAACGGCGACGACUGGCAGCUCAUCAUCAACAAGCUCAAGGUGACGGAUGCCGGCGAAUACGAGUGUCGCCUGAGUGGAACCAGCAACCAGGCGGAAAUACUGUCACUCAUCAUUCCAGCCUCAGGCUACCCCUACUUUUCCACCACCAAGACCACGAUUGAGACCAAACUAGGCGCCACGGCGACUCUACCUUGUCACGUGGAGAACAUUGGAAACUACAUGGUUCUGUGGCAAAAUGGCGACCGGAAGGUGCUGAGCCUGAAGAAGAAGGUGUACAGUGGCGACCGCCGCAUGCACGUGGUGCACAACUCGCCCAAGGAGUGGAGUCUGCGCAUUGCUGGUGUCACAAGAGAAGACCUCGGCGUGUACACGUGUGUUGUCAACACCGCGCCCUUCCUGACCAGAACAGUUCAUCUCACCCACGCCUCCAACUCCACGGGACCUGAGUCACAAGGUUCUGUCGCCACGUCCAGUCCACGGCUCGAGACGGACACCUUCCAGAAGAACGUAGAGGUGAAGCAAGGACACUCAGUGACCCUGCGGUGUCACUUCACGGGUCAACCUUCCCCACAGAUCACGUGGUCCCGCCGAGUGUGGAAGGGGGACACCAAACAAACUGAAGACUUGAAAGUUGCAGGCGCAACACUGGAGCUGAGAGACGUGCAGCCACAGGACAAGGGUCUGUACGUGUGUAGGGCGGACAACGGCGUGGCACCUGUGGCUGUCGGCAAAAUCAGUGUCAAGGUUACAGAAGAAAUCACUACCUCAACUACCACAGCUUCUACAGCCCAGACUACGCCAUUCAACCCAGAAACAGACGCUUCUCCCCGCGUGUUUGCCGAGAGCAGUGUGGUGUACCAGCGCCGAGGGCGCCAUGCGGAGCUGCGAUGCCGCGCUGUGGGCAUCCCGCGGCCGGAAGUGUUCUGGCUGUUCAACAACCAGCCAAUCACCAGCGGGUCGGCCCACGAGGUGACCAGCACUGAGCAUGCGCACCACACGGUGCACACCACGCUGCUGCUGCGCUCAGUGGAGGCCACCAACUUCGGCAACUACGUCUGCUACGCACGUAACGUGCACGGGUCGGACAGCACCACCGUGCAGCUCGCAGCACAAGUCUAGAGGCGUCUGCGUCCAGAUGCGGGACCAUCUGGAGUUUUCAGAACGAGGCUGAUGGACGCAGCGACUGGACGUGGCCGAGAUAUUCUCCACACACUCACUCCAGAUUGUUUUUGAGAAUGUUCAUACAAACUUCUGUGACAAGACUGCAGGUGCAGGCCCUCUGAGACUAGUGGAAACACUCAAGAGACAACUUGAGGAAGUGGUUACAGGAGGCAAUGACUGGGCCAAGUGCUUGCACGCGCUGUGGACUGAACUGUCUGCGACCAUCUCCUGUGUUUCUAAACUUUCAGCAGGAAAUACACGUGAAUACGACGAAACUGCACCGUGAGACGAACUAGUGUUGACCUGUGGUCAGUAGGAGGCCUGAUGGUGCACACACUCUGUGAUGGUCAACAGCAGCAGGCAGCUAGCAGACACAUGUCGACUUUGAAAACGUUUAUUCUGAGUUCUCUUCUCGCUGCUCUCCUCCGGGUUUAUUCCCCCCUGUUUCUAGAAGGGGUGUGUCUAGGGAACGCUGAUCUUGUCUUAGUGACCCAGGCUUUCAAUUUUUGUAUGUUCUGAUAGAUUAAGUUUUCGUUUCAUUUUCAAAAUUGAGUUUAUUCUGUCCCUCAUCCCUCACCCCCACACACACAUUAUAUAUAAUAUAUACACACUGUGUGUGAGUAUAAAGAGUCUUUUUUUAAUUUGGCUGAAAGAAGGAAAUGUUUAAUAGAGAGAUGAGUUUGUGUAUGAGCUAUGAACUUUACUGGUAUGUUGCAUUUUACGGUAUUUUCUCCUCGUGUAAACUGUUACCUUUUUGUUGUUGUUGUUGUUGUUGUUUUGGAAAUACACACUGGUUAAAACUCAUAAUUCCUGGAUGUAGAAUAAUGUUUUUGAAUUAUUGGCAAUAAAACGGGUUUCAUUUAAUUGUA